AUGUCUACCGAGUCAAGCUCUUGGACUACCGUCCAGGAUUUCCUACGCGAUAGUGACAGCCAAACCGCUCAUUGUUUCCGUCAAACUCGAUGGGAUGAGCUGUGUCGAAUUGCUUCAGGUCUUGCUGGCCAUUUGGACUGCAUAGCCUUAGACCAGGUUACGAGCGGGCUCAACAAUAUUGUCAGGAUGCUUGAAUUUUCCGACCAGACUCGCUGGGUUGCUCGGGUUCAUAUUAGAAGGAGCAACUCCCCCCUUACCGAUUGGACCAAGCUCAAUACCGAGAUUUCAACAAUGCAGUUCAUCAAGGAAAACUCCGACAUACCAGUGCCUCGGGUUUUUGCAUAUAAAGCUGACGAGAACCAUUCGGUAAAUGCCGCGUUCAUGCUAAUAGAGCUACUCCCCGGUAUUGUCGCUAUGGAUGCCCUCGGCGGCUACAAGGUCCAUCGAGGUGUUAUACCUAGGGACCGCCGACAAAACUUCUACCGCUCCGUCGCAAAGUCCCAUGUCCAGUUGACUUCCCUACGACUCCCGAAAAUUGGAACGAUUGUGAAAAACAAUAAGGGCGGAUAUGAGUGUGGUCCCUUACCAGGAAUUGGGGGUCCGUUUGAUACAGCAGCUGCAUUCUUCGAGGCGUGGGCCAAUAACGUCAAGUUCAAGUGGGAUAAAGAAACAAUUACACGCAUGAUGCAGGGAGGUCCGAUCCUGGCAGAAAGGAUGAUCGCCAUUAUCGACAACUUCCCGUCACAGAUCAAAGCGAUGGCUAGCCAGCUGUCCUUGUGCAACGAAGGGCCAUUCCCUCUGAACCAUGAUGACUUCCUUCAUAGUAACAUCAUAGUAGAUGAGAAAAGCUUUGAUGUAACUGGAAUCAUCGACUGGGAAGGAGCAUGUACGGUUCCCUGGGAGCUCAUCGCGUUUCCCGAUUUCCUUAGAGCUAUGCCCAUCUCCUUUGACCUGCCUCAGAAUUACGGCCAAGACGGUCAACCGUUGGAUGAGGAAUUACAAGAAACCUGGCGCGAGCGAGAGGAGUAUAUCGAAAUGGCAAAAUCGGCCGAGCUUGAGGAUAAUCUGCUCUCAUCCUACCUCAGUAGCAAGAGGAGCCAGGCUAUAUCCUAUUUGUACGGGGCGUAUACUAGUGUUGGAAAAUUGGGUACAUAUGAUCGAGUUUUGGAGGAGUUAGAGCUGAUCUAG